UUACAGGAGACAAGAAGUCCUCAUCAUGAACGCUCUGAACCAGCAGUAUGAGGAGAAGGUGCGUCCCUGCAUUGACCUCAUUGACUCUCUUCGCUCUCUGGGUGUAGAGAAGGACUUGGCGCUACCUGCUAUCGCCGUGAUUGGAGACCAAAGCUCGGGGAAGAGCUCCGUGUUGGAGGCGCUGUCAGGGGUGGCUCUGCUGAGAGGGAGUGGCAUUGUGACAAGAUGUCCUCUCGAACUGAAGAUGAAGAGAAAGAAAGAAGGAGAGGAGUGGUACGGAAAGAUAAGCUACCAGGACUUUGAGGAAGAGAUAGAAGACCCUGCAGAUGUGGAGAAAAAGAUUAGAGCAGCUCAGGAUGAAAUGGCCGGGGUCGGGGUGGGGAUCAGUGAUGACCUCAUCAGUCUGGAGAUCGCCUCUCCUGAUGUUCCAGACCUGACGCUCAUUGAUCUGCCCGGCAUCGCCAGGGUGGCUGUAAAGGGUCAGCCAGAGAACAUUGGAGACCAGAUUAAGAGACUGAUCCAGAAGUUCAUAACAAAACAAGAAACCAUCAGCUUGGUGGUUGUUCCUUGUAACGUGGACAUAGCAACCACAGAGGCUUUGAACAUGGCCCAGCGGGUGGAUCCUGAUGGAGAGAGGACUUUGGGUAUCUUGACCAAGCCUGAUCUGGUGGACAAAGGGACGGAAGAGACCGUGGUUGACAUUGUCCAUAAUGAGGUCAUCCACCUGAGGAAGGGCUACAUGAUCGUCAAGUGCAGGGGUCAGAAGGAGAUCACAGAGAAGGUUUCUCUUACUGAAGCAAUAGAAAGAGAGAAAGCCUUCUUCAAAGAUCAUGUGUUUUUCCACACUCUCUACAAUGACGGUCUUGCCACUGUUCCGAAACUGGCUGAGAAACUCACACUUGAGCUGGUGCAUCACAUUGAGAGAUCUCUGCCUCGACUUGAAGAGCAGAUAGAGGAGAAACUACAACAGACUCGUGCAGAGUUGGAGAGAUAUGGCAACGGACCUCCAUCUGACGCAGCUGAGAGACUCAUCUUCCUCAUUGAUAAAGUGACAGCGUUCACUCAGGAUGCCAUCAGUCUGACUAAAGGAGAGGAACUUAAGUGUGGAGACAGGCUGAAUGUCUUUUCUACACUCAGAAAAGAGUUUGGGAAGUGGAAUGCCCACCUGGACCACUCAGGAGAAAACUUUAACGAUAAAAUUGAGAGAGAGGUGGAGGAGUAUGAGGAGAGGUACCGUGGAAGAGAACUGCCAGGCUUCAUCAACUACAAGACCUUUGAGUUCAUGGUCAAGGAGCAGAUCAAACAGCUGGAAGAACCAGCUGUCAAGGGACUCAAGGACAUAGGAGAUGCUGUUAGGAAGGUGUUCAUACAGCUGGCCCACAGUAGCUUCACUGGAUAUCCCAACCUCAUGAAAACAGCCAAGGCAAAGAUUGAAGCCAUAAAGCAAGAAAAAGAGUCCACGGCUGAAACCAUGCUGAGAACCCAGUUCAAGAUGGAGCUGCUUGUUUACUCUCAGGACAGGUCCUACAGCAGCAGUUUGAAUGACAGAAAGAGAGAGGAGGAUGAGGACGAAAACAAAGAGAGAGGUGUAUCAGUUAAUAAAGAAAGGAGUAUUGUUUACUGCAUGGACAAUCAUGCAACGCUUCAGGAGCUGAUGUUGCACCUUAAGUCGUAUUACAAAAUUGCCAGCCAGCGUCUGUCUGACCAGAUCCCACUGGUGAUCCGCUACCAGAUGUUGCAGGAGUCUGCCGUCCAGCUGCAGAGAGAGAUGCUGCAGGUGCUGCAGGAGAAGGAGAAUUCGGAGUUCUUGCUGAAGGAGGAUUUUGACAUUGGCAGCAAGAGGGCUGCUUUGGAAAGUCGCCUCAAACGCCUCAUGAAGGCCCGCGCAUACCUGGUGGAGUUCUAGAGGGUAUCAAGGCCUGACAGCACGAUUUUGCUUUUUAACCAUUUACAUACAUUAAUAUUUGGGUACAUUAGGGGUGGGUACAUUAUUUGUUACAGUGGGUCUUGAGUGUAUACUGUACACAAGUUAUUUAUUUGAUGCAACAGCUAAAUCUGAAUAUUUGAACAUGUCAUCCUAUCAGAAAAUGGUCUCAAAACUAUAAGUUACUAACAGUUACUAUAAAAAAAUUGUUCAACCAGUCAUCAGAACAAGAAUGAAUCAGAAACACUGCAGCGACAUGAUGAUUCUGUCUCAUAUGGUGAGGACCAGACUUGGAUAUUGUUGGUAAUUAAUACGUUUUACCAGGUUUUUCAUGUACUCUGACUGUUUUUUUUUUCUUUAUCUUUUUUAACUACUUCAGAGGAGCUCCCAUUCUUAACACAGCACACUUGAUAUACUGUAUAAUAGAAUAUUGAUAAGCUUACCUAGUUUUUUUCGAAACAUGUCACAUAAUUGAAUAUAGAUUAGCUUACUUAUUUUUAAUUUUUUGUAUACUUUUUCACAUUAUGAAAGCAAAAUCUAUCCUGUCCAGUUAUUUUUUUGUACAGUUUGAAUAGUGUGCUUAAACCUAAUUAUAAUGAAACAGAUAAAAAAAAAGUAACCAUCA